CUUGGACUUACUUUGCUCCUGAUCUCAGCCUGGGGACUAGGUCUGCUCAGCUUUGGCCCCCUCUGGUCCGUCUACGUGUUUGUGCCUCAGGUGUGCACAUGCAGCUUCCAUCGUACCAGGGGUCGUCCCUACACCACCAUCCUGCUGUUCUUCUAUUUCUUUAUUGGCCUGGGAUGCGUUGGAGCAUUCUACUUGCUCAUUUACAGAAAAGUUCGAAUUGCAUCAAAGGCUCUGCUUCGCUACAGGCUCAGUCGACGCUCAUCCAAGAAGAAACCUCCCCCCUCUGAUCAGGGGACAGAUGACAGUGGCGUGGAGAGUGGUGUAGCAAAGACAUGCAGCUCUGAAAUGAGCAGCCAGGUAGAACUGGACAAAAACACAGAUACUGUUAAUCAAGAAAAGUCGUGCCCCCCACCUCAGAGCUCAUCCACAGCCCAAAAACCAUCAAGUGACAAUCUGACGAGCCAAAAACCUGCUGCCGCUCCCGCUCCCGCCUCCCAACCUGCAGCUUCAGGAGACGAUGGUGAAUUCAAGCGUGUGACACGCAUGUGCUUCACUGUGUUUCUGUGUUUCGUGUGCUGCUUCGUCCCCUUCCUGAUACUUAACAUAGCCGACAAACAGAACCGCGCCCCGCAGGUUCUGCACAUGUUCUGUGCCAACCUCACCUGGCUCAACAGCUGCAUCAACCCUGUGCUCUACGCCGUCAUGAACCGGCAGUUUCGGCAGGCCUACAACUUGCUGCUCACCAGAGCCGCUGCACCCCUCACCUGUCUCUGGUCCUGCUGGCGGUCCCCGAGAUCGUGA